ACUAAAAUUCAAAUUGUUAGGGGAGUAUCAUUCAGUCAGAGCUGUUUACAAAAGAUGAGUGACUUAUUUCUGCAGAAGGAGCAGGAACUCCUUAAACUUAAUGAAGAGAUCAAUGUGAAGACAAAAACCGUGCUGCAGAAGACAGAAAAGAAUGUGAGUAGAGGAGGAGUUCGAAAAACAGUCAGUAGAAAGAAAUCCGAAGAUAGAGAGACAAAGAAAUCCGCUAAGGAGGUGAAUGUCCCUAGCACGAGUGUAACUGAGGAAACUGUUGAGAGUGAGAUUUCAUCUGCAGAAAUUAUUGUCCCAAAGAAAUCAUGUUCUGAUGCCAUUCCUGAACGCAUGGCCAGGAAAAAUGUCAGUUCCGAAGGACUAAUCAAGUUCCUCAAAGCGAAGGUCUCUAUCCUUCAGGACGAAGUGGAUACCCAUCAAAAAGAUAGCCUUAAGAAUUCUGAGCAGUUGCAGGCUUUGCAAGAAUCACAGAAGAAUUUAGAAAGUGUCAGGGAUCAAUUGACAAAUAAACUUAAUGCUUUGCAUAGUCAGCAGAAAAAGCUGGAGGCGAGGAAUGAGGAACUGGAACUAAAACUGAAAAACAGAGAUGUUGAUCUAACAAAACAAAGUCGAGAUUUGGAAGCUGCUAGGAGGGAAUCAAAAACUCUGGCCCAGGAGAAAAGUACUCUAGAACGAAAACUCCUCAAGAGUCAGGAAGAUCAUGAGAGCACAAAGCAGAGUCUCGCCAGUGCUUAUGAAAGAGAAAAGGAAAUGAGGGAGCGCACUCGAAUGGAGAAGGACGCGUAUGAGAAACAAGUUCGGCAAUUGAGGAAGCAAAGACUCAAUUUAAUCGGGGCUUAUAAGCAACAACUUCUGCUCCUGGACAAUCUCAAGAGGCAAAUCGUGUGCCUGGAGGAGGCUAAGAUGAUUGAUUUUGCAGAGAAGGAGUUCACCAAGAUUCUCGAUUGGGGCAAGUGAAGAAUGUCCCAACAAUGAAGUCACAAUGUCUCCGAUGAGAUCAUCUUUUUAUUUGUGUCUCCGUGAGUUAAAAUUCAAAACCUCGACAUCCGUUUACAUGCACCUCAAUGGCAGAAACUUCGAGGGGUUAUUAGCAUUA